AGGUGCCGCAUCCUUUAGGUGAAGGUUGGUUUCAUCGUCAAUUUUGUGAUGACACCCAAUUGACUCUUCCUCAUAGUCGGAUCAAUCAGCUGCCAGUGCUUCAAACGCACAUUUAAAUUCAGAUUAAGAAAAGACCCCUCACAUUCGUCUAUCAGCUCUAUUAUAGUUGCCAUAGAAACCUCCCCUCUGUCCACCACAAUGCAUCUACCAGAGCGUUUCUUGGAAACCUGAGCAGGCGUGGCGUCCAGUUGUCACCUGAGCCAAAGUCCUGAUGAAUGUUUGAUGGAGGCUGUCAGAGAUCCUGUGAGUCACUAGACCAGACCUGAACACCUGGACAGGUCGACGUUUGGCGAGGACACGACGUGCUGAGAAGCUGCAAGUCCUCAACAGUCAGGUGAUGGUGUCAGGAUGUCUGAAGGGAAGCAGCGAACUCUGUCGACCUCUGGAGAGUCUUUGUAUCAGAUCUUAGGGUUGGAGAAAGGCUCCAGCCAUGACGAAAUCAAAAAGUCCUAUAGGAAGCUGGCACUGCGGUACCAUCCAGACAAGAACCCGGAGAACCCAGAGGCAGCUGACAAGUUCAAGGAGCUGAACAAUGCUCACUCUGUGCUGACCGACCUCACCAAGAGGAACAUCUACGAUUCAUACGGAUCCCUGGGGCUGUACGUGGCCCAACAGUUUGGGGAAGACAAUGUCAACACAUACUUCAUGCUGUCUACCUGGUGGGCCAAGGGUCUUUUUUUGCUGUGUGGGAUCCUGACUGGAUGUUAUUGCGGCUGCUGCCUCUGCUGUUGCUGCAACUGCUGCUGCGGAAAACUUAGGCCCCCGCCCGCAGGUGAGGGGGCAGGGCCAGAUUAUGUGUCACCUGACGACCUGGAGGAGGAGAUACGCAAUGAUCCAGGCAAUGACAGUGAACCGCCGAUUGUCCACCAGCCGACCAACGCCAGCGAGAAGACGCAGCUGAUAGGCGAUGGACAUCGCAGAUACGGAGACACGUACACUUGAGGCCGAGUCGGACCAGGAGCGCCAUGGCUCAUCCCUGCCGCAAACCCACACAUCAACCAGCAAAACCACUUAAAUCAGCAUCCCUUUGAGUUUCUUAAGAAUCAGUCUGACAUUUGUGAAAACCUGACAGCAUCUGACUGGCUCUGCCUUCACCCUGCAACCUUAAUACUUUCAUCAGUAACAAGCUGUCUUCAAACAUCCUUAGCUGCAGACUUUAAGGAUUUCUGGCAAAGUAAGACUGCAGUUUAAUUAAUUAAUUAAUUGUUCAGGUACCAUUGCUCAUCAAACUUAUGCUGUGAUUGGCUGUUGAUUGUUGGGGUUUGAGUGGGGACGAAGCAUAAAAGAGAAAAGCUGCAGACUAUUUGUGCACUGAAGCCUUUCUCCCUCCAUGUACACACAUGCACUUGGCCUAUAGAGAUGAUGUAGAUAAUGCUUUGGUUUGUGCUUUACUUGCGUUGGGAAAACAUGUGGUCAUGUGACCUAACCUGAGGGGGGGGUCUCUGCUGUUUUGUCACUGAAUAAAUCAUUGAAGUGUUA